ACGGUCAUAGUUUUCUUCAAUCUUUAACUCAAAACACAAACUUCCUUUCUCUUUUUAACUUUGUUUAUUGGCUAACAUGUGGUGUUUUUCCUUUACAGUUUGAACACUUACACAUAUUUAAAUUCCCGUUACUGGUUUCCUUUUCAUCCUCCACAAACACAAAGCCAAUAUUAAAUUUAUAUUAAGCCCAAGCUUUCUUCUUUUGAAUAUGCUUUGGGUUUAUUAAUUUUAUUUUUCUUUUCAUGCCAUAUGUGGAUUUUGGACCCUGUGGUGGUGUUUGGUAUCUUGAAUUCAUUACAAUUUGAGGCAGAAAAAUAGGUUGUCUGGUUUCACUCUCAAAGUCAUUUUGUUUUUUGGUCUUGGAGAAACAUGAAAGAGGUUUUGCUGAUUUCAGUAUUCAUGAAAAGAACUUUGGUUUUGUUGAGCCUUUGGUUCUUCAUAUGGUUCCCUCUGGAAGCUUUUUGCAGUACUGGUAAUACAUCAUCUUCUUCGAAUCCAAAGGUUAUAAAUAUUGGAGCUCUUUUCACUUUGAAUUCGGUCAUUGGGGGAGCAACAAAGCCUGCACUUCUAGCUGCCAUUGAUGAUGUCAACUCUAGUCCAAACAUUCUUAAUGGGAUAGAAUUGAAACUCAUUUUGCGGGAUACAAAUUGCAGUGGGUUUAUUGGAACCAUGGAAGCUUUGCAGCUGAUGGAAAGUGAUAUUGUUGUGGCAAUUGGUCCGCAAUCUUCCGGGAUAGCUCAUGUCAUCUCCCAUGUUGUUAAUGAGCUUCAUGUCCCUCUUCUCUCAUUUGGGGCAACAGAUCCCACUCUUGCUUACCUGCAGUUCCCGUAUUUCCUCCGUACUACACAUAGUGACUACUUCCAGAUGUAUGCGAUCGCUGAUGUUUUAGACUAUUACGGCUGGAGGGAGGUCAUAGCAAUAUUUGUGGAUGAUGAUUAUGGAAGAAAUGGGAUUUCUGUUUUGGGUGAUGCCUUGGCAAAGAAACGCGCCAAGAUUUCUUACAAGGCUUCCUUUAGCCCUGAAGACCCCGAAAGUAAGAUCAAUGACUUGCUAGUUGAGGUAAACCUGAUGGAGUCACGAGUUUUCGUUGUUCAUGUUAAUCCCGACACUGGUUUGAAUAUCUUUUCUGUUGCUAAGAGACUUAAUAUGAUGAGUGGUGGUUAUGUUUGGAUUGCUACAGAUUGGCUUCCUUCAUAUUUAGAUUCGAGGGAAGCAGUUGAUCCCAGCACAAUGAAUCUCUUGCAAGGGGUUGUUGCUCUCCGUCGUUACACCCCGGAUACUAAUCUCAAAAAGAGGUUUAUUUCUAGAUGGAAAAACCUAAAAGAUAAGGGGAGUACGGGUCCUGGAGGAUUCAAUUCUUAUGCACUUUAUGCUUAUGAUUCGGUUUGGCUGGCUGCACAUGCCCUUGAAGUUUUUCUCAGUGAAGGUGGAAAUUUGUCUUUCUCUAAUGACCCGAAAUUGCGCGAUACAAAUGGCACCACACUACACCUUUCGUUGCUUCGUGUGUUUAACGGAGGCCAACAACUUCUCCAGACACUUCUUCGGAUGAACUUCUCCGGUGUAAGUGGUCAGAUUCAAUUUAAUCAACAGAGAGAUUUAAUUCAUCCAGCAUUUGAUGUUCUUAACAUUGGUGGAACUGGGACUCAUAGAAUUGGUUAUUGGUCAAAUUACUCGCUUCUCUCUAUUGUCCCUCCAGAGAGCUUAUAUACAAAGCCUCCCAAUAUCUCAUCCAGCAGUCAACAUCUUUAUGGUGUAAAAUGGCCUGGUGAAACUUCUAAAGUGCCGAGAGGAUGGGUAUUCCCCAACAAUGGACAGCCGUUACGAAUUGCCGUGCCCAACCGUGUAGGUUACAAAGAGUUUGUGUCGAAAGACAAUAGUCCCCAAGGUGUAAAAGGAUACUGCAUCGAUGUCUUUGAAGCUGCAAUAAACUUGCUCCCAUAUGCUGUUCCUCAUACGUAUAUGUUAUUCGGAGAUGGUAACAGAAAUCCUAACUAUGACGAAAUUGUUAGCCAGGUUGCCCAAAAUAAAUACGAUGCAGCAGUUGGAGAUAUUACAAUUGUUAUGAACAGGACGAAAAUUGUAGAUUUUACUCAGCCUUACAUGGAAUCUGGACUUGUUGUUGUUGCGCCGGUCAAAGAGGCAAAGUCGAGUCCGUGGGCAUUUCUCAAGCCAUUUACUAAAGAAAUGUGGUUUGUCACUGCUGCACUUUUUCUUUUUGUGGGUGUGGUAGUGUGGAUUCUUGAGCACCGGAUAAAUCACGAAUUCCGUGGUCCUCCCCGACAACAGCUUAUAACAAUAUUUUGGUUUAGCUUCUCAACAAUGUUUUUCUCGCACAGAGAAAACACGGUGAGCACUUUGGGACGUUUGGUGCUGAUCAUAUGGCUGUUUGUCGUUCUGAUUAUCAAUUCAAGCUACACGGCUAGCUUGACAUCAAUACUUACUGUGCAACAGCUGACAUCGGGGAUUCAAGGGAUCGAUAGCUUGAUCUCAAGUUCCGAACCUAUUGGAAUUCAAGAAGGUUCAUUUGCAUUGAACUAUUUGGUUGACGAGCUCAAUAUAGCACGGUCUAGGAUAGUUAAGUUGAAAGAUCCGGAAGCAUAUCUUAGAGCCCUUAAUCUUGGACCAAAGGCGGGUGGUGUAGCUGCCAUUGUCGAUGAACUUCCUUACAUUGAGCUCUUCUUAACCAGCACCAAUUGCUUAUAUCGGACUGUCGGGCAAGAAUUUACAAAAAGCGGGUUGGGCUUCGCUUUCCAAAGGGACUCUCCUCUUGCAGUUGAUCUUUCAACUGCUAUCCUUCAACUCUCGGAAAGCGGUGAUCUCCAAAAAUUCCAUAAUAAGUGGCUAACACACACUGAGUGCUCAAUUCAAAUCAAUCAAGAAGAAGAAAAUAAGCUCUCCCUAAGUAGCUUUUGGGGCCUGUUCCUCAUUUGCGGCAUUGCUUGUGUGUUGGCUCUUACGCUGUUCUGCUAUAGAGUCUUCACUCAGUACCGUAGAUUUAGCCCCGAAGACGAGGAAGCAGAGGUUGAGGAGAUUGAGCCUUCGAGAUUGUCUCGGCGUUCCAUCCUAUCUACUAGCUUUAAUAACAUAAUGGAGUUUGUAGAUAGGAAAGAAACAGAGAUUAAAGAGAUUCUAAAGAGAAAGAACAUCAAUGAAAGCAAACAGACCAGCCAUAACUCUAAUGGACAGGCAAGUUCACCCACAUAAAAGAGAAACAUGUUCUUCACGUCUGUUGGAAGAUAUUCAAAUCUUUGUGUGUUGAAAAUAGACUGAAAAUGCAAAUGCAAAUUCAUAUAUCCACAUGUAUCUGAUGCUGAUCCAUCUCUUUGAGGUGAAACAAUAGUGGCCUAAUUUUAUGUUCUGUUAGGUUAAUUCCUAAAAUUACAGAUCUCUUGUGAUGGACCUUAACUGAUCUGGUGGCUAAUGAUUGGUCAGAUUUGAAUCAUUAGGGGAACAAUAGUAGAUUUUUAUUUGGGCAACGCCUUUUGAAAGUUGUUCAAGAUUAAGAAACUUCCUUUCUUUCUACAAUUCAUUAAAGGGAAGUUUAACUAAACUCAAUAAAUUUUAAUAUAUACUAGUAAUAUUAUGAUA